AUGAUGCGCAGGCGUCCAGUUCCAGAACCACCACGAGCGUUAUUUACACCGUAUUCACCCUCCGUGUCUAUCACUCUUCCCCAACAAAAACCUUUACCUGCUCCCGCGCUACCUCCUCACAUCACACGGGCCCAAUAUCAUACUCUUCCAAUAUUUCCUCCCUCACGCCUUCUCAAAGUGCUUCGCAACAGUAAUGUUCUUUCUUACGCUCUGCUCGAUUUACAACUUAAUGUGACGCCCGCACCAGACUCUGGAUUUGACGAGUCGACUUUUUCAACGGCUUCUAAUGUCUUGCACGAGAUCAUGACAUGGUCUUCGUUGGCUGGAGAGAUCCACUUCACCCUGUAUUUCGCCUCCAACAUCACGUCGUUAAAACCCGUACCCAGAACACCCACCCUACUCGGGCGCCUACUUUGUGCAGAAGUUCUUGCACCGCGCUUUGCACAACCCAAUGGAUUACAAGGAUGGGAGGAAAUUGAAGCCACUUUGCACUGUAUCAUGUCAAUACAAGAAGCGGCACCGCUGGAAGACAACCCCUUCCUCGCCCGGCUGUUUGGACCUGAUGUGCUUGGUCGUUUGCCGACUUCAGGUCAGGAACGCAUACGUAGGACCAUGCUUGGCUUGAUUGGUAGGAGUAUCGUACGCGACUUUUGA